AUGAAGCUCCCGAUCCUCCUCGCCGCCGUGGCCCGCGCCGACGACUUCGCGUCGGAACUCCUCGAGGACUUCGCGCGCCCCGGCGCCGGCGGCCACCUGGGCAAGUCGACCUACGCCAUGUCCCACCCCUUUGCGUUCAAGGGCUUCAUGGAGCAGUACUUCCCCACGGCGGAGCAGCUCGUGCGCGAGAACAGCACGAAGCAGUGCGUCGAGUGGGCGAAGCUCUGCAUCGACGACGGCUCGUCGAGCGCCAACGUCUGCAAGUCGAAGUCGGCCGCGCAGCUCCACAGCGUCGGCGCGUACGAGCGCGAUUCCGGGUCCAAGUCCAUGGAGGACAUCGAGGCCGACUUCACGGCGGCCAUGGGCGACCUCAGCGCCCACGACCCCUACUUCGAGACCCACGCGGCCUUUCUGACCAAGGACCUCGACUACUACGCCGGGGUCUUCGGCAACGCUUCGGUCCCUACGCACCACGCGACGUUCGCCGAGGGCGGCACGUCCUACGACUCGCUCCUCCUCCAGGUGCCCGGCUCCCUCAAGGCCGGCGCCAAGUCGCUCCUGAACCUGCUCUUGCUCGGCGAGACGACGGCGACGCUCGCGAGCCGCCCGGGCCGGAACCACGCGCCGCGCGCGUCCCAGGCGUCGCGCUCGAGCCUCGCGAGCGCGCGCGCGAAGCUCGACAGCGCCCACCACCUCUACGACGCCGACUCCAAGCCCGUGCUCACGCUCGUCCACGUCUCCUGGGCGACGUCGAACCUCACGCGCGACGUCGACUUCUUCGAGAACGGCCUGGGGGGCGUCAAGACGGACGCCGGCGCGACGGGCGGCAUGCAGACCUACAACGGCGCCAUGACCAAGGGCGACGCCGCCGAGUUCCGCUACGUCCAGUCCGCCAAGGCGACGCGGGGCCCGACGACCGUCGCGGCCUGGGAGCGGUACCAGACGUCGCUCCACAAGACGUGCUUCAAGUCCGCGCAGAACGUCGGCUUCGACCGCCUCGCCGACAACCACAUCGGCCACUCCGAGAACGGCAAGGCCCUCGACACCUUCAUCCACGCGCAGAAGGCGUCGGGCCUGCCCUACCGCAUCUACGGCCCGCCGGGCAAGGGCAGCCCGCCCUGGUUCUUCUACGGCUACAUGCCCAACGGCUGGGGCUACCAGCUCACGGGCCAGUGCACGGACAAGAGCCUCUGCCCCAAGAGCCCCUUCUACGACAUGUGCACCCAGGGCGUCCUCCCGGACUGCACGGCCGCCUAG